AUGGAACAGCACAUCGAAAACUACAUUCCAACGCCAACAACAAAGAUAAAGGACAGGUCGGACAGAGCAACGAACGAGCAAGUCUUGGACCACAGAACAAGGGUUGUCUUAGCAACGAUGAUUCGAAAUGGACUUAUUAAAGAGCUUCAUGGCUCUGUAUCGACUGGAAAAGAAGCGAAUGUGUAUCACGGGUUUGGUGAAGAGUUUGAACUUGCGAUUAAGAUCUUCAAGACGUCGAUUCUGAUCUUUAAAGAUAGAGAAAGAUAUGUGGAAGGAGACUACAGAUACCGAAAAGGGUUUUGUAGGUCGAACCCACGAAAGAUGGUGACAAUGUGGGCUGAGAAGGAGAUGCGCAAUUUGAAGCGACUUGGAGACUUUGGGAUUCCAGCGCCUCGAGUUUUACGAGUGAAAAACAAUGUGUUGGUGAUGGAGUUUUUAGGAGAAGACGGGUGGGCGGCACCACGACUGAAAGAUGCGCCUUUGAAUGACGAUGAGAAGAAUGAAGCGUACCGACAGACAGUGUGUGACAUGCAUCGGAUGUAUAACAAGUGUAAUAUGGUACAUGCUGAUUUGAGUGAAUACAACUUACUAUGGUGGAAAGGGUUAGUGUAUGUCAUCGAUGUAGGUCAAGCUAUAGAAUUGUCACACCCUUCUGCAAACGACUUUUUACGAAUGGACUGUGUGAAUAUAUCGAACUUUUAUAACAAAAUUGGAGUCCACACAUUGUCUCCAAAGGACUUAUUUGACCUUGUAACAAACCCUUCGAUCAAGGAAAGUAGUGUCUUAGACAUCAUUAAGCAAAGAUUCUCAGUCGAUUGGGAGAAGGACACCGCUGUCUUCUUAAACUCGUUUUUGCCCAACUCUUUGCAGGAGCUCAACAAACCACUCAGAGACGUCUUCCAACCAAAGAAAAUGACUGGUGUUGUUUAUUUGCCAAAUGCCAUCCCAAAGCACAUCAAGUUGACUCCCCUUCAAGUUGUAGCAAACGACGAUUCUGCUUCGGAGGAUGAAAUCAACGAGAUGAAAGUCAAGAAAGAGAAGAAGGAGAUGAAGGAAAAAUUGAAACAGGAGAAAAAAGCUCGUCUGGAGGCAAAAAAGACGUACAAACGGCCCGAGAAAAAGAAAGAGAACAAAAAGACUGAAACACAAGUCCCUUCCACAGAAGACUUGCAAAACACACCAGCCAACCAACCAAAAGAGGAACAAAAAGUCGUACAAGACGUUAAGCCCGAGGUACUCGUGGGUACCCCAGAAGAUACUCAGAAGGAAUGCCAAGAGAUCUCUUCAGAGGAAAGUUCCAAAGAAGAUGGAAGGAGUGAACCUGUUGAGAUCGAAAAGGAAAGUGAAGUGAACGUCGACGAGAUGAACAGUGAAGAGUACAUCGAGUACGUCACUAAACUUAAAGAAGCCAAACGAGCGAAAAGAGAAAGUGAUAUUAUCGAGGAGAAAAAGAAAAUGAAAGAACACAAAAAGGAAUACUGUGUGAAUAGAAGGGAGAAGUUAAAGGAGAAGAUCCCAAAGAAGAAGAAACAGCAGAUGAUUAAACAUUCAAAAAGAAACCAAACGAAAAAUUAG